AUGAACCCUGAUGGUACUCGAAUGCCCCCACCCUACAACAUGCAUGUGGAUGACAACUUGUAUGCUGAUGUCCGGUCACACCUGACUAGAACGAUCUGUGCCAGUGUGGCCUCUCUGUUCGAUGUCUUGGGUGUACCCAACAACCCUCUUGUGCCUUCUCCGCUGAGUGGAGACAAGUUCGAAGCCUGGUACAACUACCGCAGGAAGCUUGUGGGUAGGAGGUUCGACUCCAGAACGCUUACUGUUGGGAUGCUCCCACACAAGAAGUCCCAGCUCUUGGAACUGCUCCAACUGUGGUUUGUCCGGGAGAGUUUCGACCUGCUGGAGAUUGCCCAUUUACUUGGGACAUUGGAGAACCAUACCAAGUAUGCCAGGUGGGCACGUUGCUGGUGCUGUGCACUGCAGAAUGCUGUCCGCAGGGCCCUUGUUGCUUGGUUCCACAUCGUUCAACGUCGAUUCAAUCGGCAGGGCCGUGAAGCCCAUCUUCGCCGGGAACUCCCCAAGUCCCUGCUUGGCCGUGUGGAAUCCAUGAUCCACCGUGAACGAGCUAAGCUCCUUUGGACCACCCGCCAGAGGUUUGCAGUGGAUGAAGACAUGAGGGCAUCUGUUGCCCAUCUGCUAUGA